GUUUAACAAACGUUUUCAGCCGGAAUCCCAUGGAGUUUGCACCAAAGCUGAUGGGUCAUAAGUUUUGUGCAGCGCUGCUCCUCCUCACCUUGGCUUCCGCAGAGCUGCGUUUGCCUAGGAGUAAGUCGAAGCAAGCGCCGGAGGUGCGCCGAUUGGAGGGCUGCCGAACGAUCAGCUUCGCAGAGCUUUGCGAACUUCCAGCGUUGCCCGUUGGGUGCUUUCAGCUUCAGCCAUCGGAUGCUCAACCCGGAACCGGAUGCUUUCAGCUCCAGCCAUCGGACGCUCAACGCUGCGAGCUUCGUGGACCUCAUGCUGCGCCGGCGCGGCUGGUGACGGCGGAGAAUGUCACUGGUGUGGCGACCCUGCGCACGCAGGGCGAGCUGCGCAUCACUGGGUACCUGGGCAGGAUCUAAGCUCUUGGUUCUACCUCCCAGGACUUUGGUCUUUGACGACGCCCAAGUGGAAGCCUGGCAUGAAGAUCAUCCAGACGAACUGAUUGACCAGGGCGGCGCGUUUUCGAGCAGAGGGCCAUUCACUUUGACCAAUUCCUAUCUGACCG